AUGGCGUCGCUCGCAACCUCCUCACGCCAACCUCGCUGGGCAGACGUCUACCGCUGCUUCGCCGCCCUGCGACCGGCGCCAGUCGCCACCCGCGUGACGGAAAGGGCUUUUGCGGAUGCGUGGCGUGCAGCGCGCGCUACAGGACGGCGGGGAGUGAUGACGACGGUCGUCGGAGGCAGGACUCCUGGGUCGGCACUUUUGGCGGGCGUGAGGGAGCGAGGGAGUGGGAUGGCGAGCGUGCGGACAGAGCUGGACAAGCGCUGGAUACACUGCACAGCGCCAGGUUGCCCCAACAACCAGUCGACCCGCACCUUCGCCUCUUCCUCACCGUCAAGCUCGUCGAAUCCCUCGCCCAACCCUCCUCCGCCUCCCGACCCUCGAUCGCCCGACAGAUCGAGGCAAAACGCUCUCGCCAAACCAGAGCCGCACCCGCUCGCGAAACCCGAGCCUCACCCCGUCGUCUCGACCUCUGCCCCACAUCCCGCCUACCUCUCUUCCCUGUCUCGCUCGAUCCGACGAGCAGCAAGCGCCCUUCAGACUCCCGCAGGACGACCACCGCCGAAGGAACAACUUCUCAGCCUGACGAACUCGUUCUUCGAGCGUCUCAAGAUCCGCUUCAAGUGGGCGACCAUCCGCUCGUACAGGCGGUUCCGCGCCGACGAUUACUCGGCGUUCUUCUCAUUCGGCAUCCUCGGCACCCUCGGAUGGUUCCUCCUCUCGACUACGUCCGCCUUCGCCCUCUUCUUCUUCGUCGUCAACUCGCUCUCGCUCCAGGAAUGGAUCGCAGGCAAGCUCGGAUCGUACUUGACCGACUCGACAGGCGUCAAGGUCGUCUUUGAGAGUGCGAUUGUGCCCAAGUGGGGCAUCUUUGGCAAGGAGGGCAGCAGGAUCGUCUUCAAGAACGUCUACAUCUCGCGCGGACCGGUCAAGGGCGAACUGGGUGUCUUGCCUGUUCUUGAGCAGGAGCGCACGGAUGAGACGGAGGAAGAGGCGCGGCUGCGCGAGAUGAUCGCAGAAUGGACGCACUUCCACCUCAGCAUCGACACCGUCGAGGUCAGCCUCAGCCUCGGGCGCUGGCUCGACGGCAAGGGCUUGAUUAAGGAUGCGGCGGUGCGGGGUGUGCGCGGCGUCAUCGAGCGCUCGCACAUCGUCUACGACCCGAACGCGCCGAAGGACCGCUUCGCCUACCGCAACAAGCCUCGACCUGGUGACUUCUGGCUUGAAGGGCUCAAGAUUGAAGACUUCCUCGUCACUAUCUAUCAGCCGGAGAACUUCCGACCGUACACCUUCUCCAUUUUCAACGCCGACAUCCCUCGCUUGCGCAAGCAGUGGCUCUUCUACGACCUCAUGUCGGCCGAAGCCGUCACAGGCCAGAUCGACAACUGUCUCUUCAGCUUGCACAAGCCUCAGUCGAUCGGGCGGACGAGCGAGGAGGACUUGAAGGACGCGCGGUGGUCUCGCAUGUCCCGCUUCCGCAUCGAUGGCGUUCCCAUCGACCACAUGCAGUCAACUGCCGACACCGGCGUCCUCUCCUGGAUCACCUCGGGCCGCUGCGACCUCGUCGCCGACAUCCGCUUUCCUCGCGAGGACACUGAGCUCGACCUCUCGGCGCUUGUCGACCACCUCGUCGACGAGAUCGGCGAGCGCCUCUCUCCCUCGAAGGAAGAGUCGGACUCGCCUAUCCCGGGUCGGCGAUCGCUUUCGCGUGAUGCCCUACAGGCGCCGAGGGACGAGGAUGCUGAGCAGGUCAAGAAGGAGGAGCGGCUGAAGGCGCUGCGCUUUGCGAAGGAGACGGAGAAGGCGGCUGCUAAGGCGAGUCUGGGCGUAGACGAGGAUGAUGGCGAGGAGUUGCACGUCGGCGAGGAUGAGGAGGACCGUAUCGUCUCGAUCGACCUUGACAUCCGCUUCAAGGACCUCAAGGCGUCUGUGCCAUACUUCACGUCCGACCUCUCCUACGUCAACAACGCCCUGAUCCGCCCCAUUGUCGCCUUCAUCAACCGCAACCGCACCCUCAUCCCGAUCCGCUGCCACAUCGACCUUGGCCUGAGCGAGUUCAACGGCAGCUGGACAACGUACGACGUCGGCAUCCUCGACCGCAUGUCGGAGCAGGUCUACUCAGCGCUGGCGCACCACGUCUCGCAGUCGAACGAGCAGCGGCUGCAGACGGUCGGGCUGUGGACGCUGCAGAUGACGGCCAACACGGUACUCGGCGCUCUCAAGAGUAACCUGACUCUCGCGCAGGAUCCGCUGUGGCACUGA